UUUUGCAGGGUAAAUCCUGGACGUGCUGAAGGUACAAAACCUACGCAGAGAUUACUGCAAGAUUCUACAAAGAAAUGUAAAAUAACCAAAGUUAUCUGGACUCAAGUAAACAGAAAUAUUUAACGCAGUACAGCAAGGAACUUAUAAAUACAUUAUUUUGUGUUUCUAGCUUCUUUCACUCAGAGGGACUAUUUUGAAUCAGAUGUCCACUAUUUCAUCUUUGUGUUGUGCAAGUCCAUAAAAUGUUCACUGUUCCGUAAAUUGCCUCUAAAUUAGGAGGUUGAAAUACCCAAAAAUGCGAGCAAUGUCGCAGCUGCGUGUUAUAUAGAAGCGAAUCGUGAAACCUUCACUAUAUAGGAGAGUACUUCUUGCCACUGUUUACAGAGGGAGACGAUGUUUUCAUGUGGGUUCGUGUGUCUCCGCUACUGAUGGGUGGGGUCUCAUCUGAGACCUUUUUGGAUGGUGAUGCACUGGCCGACGCCGGGGGCAGAGCAGAAGGGAGCUCUGUUCUCCACAGAGGAAAUGGGCGUUCUCCUUGGAAACUUUGGAGUGGAGAGCCUGCGGAAAGUAAAUAAACAAAGGAGGUGUGGCACAUCUGGACGAGAGUGUGGACCACCAAAACGGGCACAACGUCGCAAAGCACAGGAGCUGCUGCCAAGCUGCAGAGAUCUGAUUGAGGAGAGCAAACAAUAACCAGGGGUUUUAAAAAUGGCAUACUUACUCAUUUCUGUUACCCUGCUGCAUCUCAUCACCCUAGCUAUGCUGUUUAUUGCGACCAUGGAAAAGUCCUGGUGGGUGUGGAAUCCCACGGAAACCUCAGAUCUUUGGUACAACUGUAGGUUUGACAAUGACACAGGAAGCCGGCUGUGUGCAACCAUCAAAGAGACGGAGUGGCUUCAGGCUGUGCAGGUCCUCAUGAUUCUCUCAGUGGUCUUCUCCUCAGUCUCCUUCCUGGUGUUCUUGGGUCAGCUGUUCACCAUGUCGAAGGGCGGGCUCUUCUACUUCACGGGACUGUGUCAAGUCUUUGCAAGUCUGACAGCUUUUUCUGCCGCAGUCAUCUACACCCUGCAUAAUAAGGAAAUCCUCCUGGACUCAAAAAUCCAGACCUCGGGGGAUUUUGGCUACUGCUUUAUCCUGGCCUGGGUGUGCGUCCCUUUGUUGUUGAGUAGUGGGGUUUUGUACAUCCACCUGCGUAAGAAAGAAUGACCAAAGGAAAUCUACGUCAGCAGCUUCGGGGGUUAAUAAAACUAGCUGCAGAAUUUCAGAAAUAAGACACCUGAAGAAGCAAAAGUCUUUAGCUAAUGUGAUCAUUUUAGAUAUCAAAGCAAAAUAUAUAUUUCACCUAACCAGCUAUCCUUAGUCAGGGAGUUCUAGAUUAGUAUGGAUCACCUGCUGUAAUAGACCAUUAAGGUAUGUCUUUGAGUAAUGACUUUACCUCAAUUCUUGUAUGUAGAACGCAUUGUGUAACAUCUUUUAAUAAAUAUUGCAAAAAAAAGAA